GGCGGGGGCUGCCGGCGUGCGGUCAUGCAGUUGCACCGGUCGGGGAAACCCGCGGGCCGCCAGGCCACAAGGAUCUGAUGACCUUAAAAGCCUGCUCUGAACGAUCCAUCGAUGCCGUGAGAAAGCGGAGAGCAGGCACGGAGCCAGGCAAUGAAGUGCCGUUUCACUGCUGUGGGAUGGUGAUGCGCUAGCAGCGGCGGAGAUCGAUCGCUCAGCCGUUUUUCACACUGCGCUGGCAGUCAUUAACAGCUGCAUUGCCAUUCCCUUGAGCGUUUCUCCAGAGGCACAGCAGUCUUAAUGGUAACGGAAGGAGAGAACGCCACCGUGUCCUGCUGCUCAGCCACGCACCGCUGCUUUUGCACGCCGUGCCUGCAGGAAUGUCUUAAGCCGAAGAAGCCAGUUUGUGGAGUUUGUCGCAGCACUCUGUCGCCUGGCAGCAGAGCUCUGGACUUGGAAAAGCAAAUUGAAACAACCGAAACCACUUGCAAUGGCUGCAAUAAAAAAAUGUAUCUCUCCAAGAUGCGUAGCCAUGCAGCUUCUUGUUCAAAGUACCAGAAUUAUAUAAUGGAGGGUGUGAAAGCUGUCACUAAAGAACCACUUCACAACACCAGGAACUUCCCAAAUCGCUUUACCUUUCCUUGUCCGUAUUGCAGCGAGAAAAACUUUGAUCAAGAAGGACUAGUUGAACACUGCAAAACAUUACACAGCAUGGAUGCAAAACAAGUGGUGUGCCCAAUUUGUGCCUCAAUGCCAUGGGGAGAUCCAAAUUACAGGAGUGCUAACUUCAUGGAGCACCUUCAAAGACGACAUCGCUUUUCCUAUGACACUUUUGUGGAUUAUGAUGCUGAUGAAGAUGAUAUGAUGGCACAGGUUUUGAUCCGUUCUUUAAGGGAUAAAUGAGCCAGCUAGAAGAUUAACUGUAAAACCAAGCUUCCAUGAGGAGGAAAUGCCCAACAUCCUCACACUUUUCCCUGUACAGUCCAAGAUCUCAGGCAUCUAGAAAUAUGGAAUACUUUUUAAUCUCUAUCUCAAUUUCAGAUUCUGGUUUGAUACUUCUGUGCCACUCAGUCUUUUGUUAUAUGAUAUAUGCCAUUCAACUCUACCAGCCUAACUUUCUUACUUGCCUCACACUAAGGUUAAUUGUAGGUCAACAUGGAGGGCACAAACCUGUUUUCCUUGCCUAUUCCUUGGUUCAUUUUUGCAGUUGUGUUCAUUUGUCUAAAAGCAAAUGUUCUAAGUGGAAUGGCCUAUAGUAGUUAAUAACUAAUCUCUUGCCAAUCUCACUUACAUAUCUUAAAUGAUAGUAUGAGAGGUGUAUUUGUACCUGUUUUCCUUUAGUGAGACCUCUAGGUGCUAACUGUAACUGUCACACCACCUCUUAUUUGAAGUGACCUAUGAUGCCUGUGAUUUCAUGUUUCCCAGUGUUUGAAUUCUUAAGACACAGCCUCUCACCUAUAUGGAAAACAUCUUCAGUAUGAGUCUUCGAUUCACAAACUUCCUUAGCAAGUCUUUGCACCUGUAUAGAUAACUAGUUCAAAAGAUUUUAGUUCUGUGCAUGAGUAUUACUUUCUCCCAUACUUCAACUGUAAUUUCUAGGCUGAAAAAUAAACUUUAAUGUUCAUCUUAGUUAAAAGGCAUCAUUUUUUAACUAUCUUAGGAAAUAUGAUUAAUAUUUACUGGCUUUAUGAUUGAUUGGUUUUGAAACUGGUUUUCUAGUGAUAUUAAGCCUUAUUAUGCUGAUAGGGUGAAUCAGAAGUUGUCUUUUUCAAUACCUCUGCUUUCUAUUUAAAUUUUUUGUAUAUAGCCCUAGUGUUUUUUUUUCCAUCCCUUCAGGAAAGCUGGUAGCAAAACUUAAUUUGUAGCACUUGCAUGGCACUGCCUUGCUGCGUUACAGAUUUUAGCAGGUAUUUUGAAUUCCUGGUCUUCAUUUAAAUAUUGCUGAAGUAGCUGAAGCUGUACUUAGAUUGUUUUCCAUAUGAUAUUAUAUGUAUAGUUUGCAGGUGUAGCUUUCAAAGAAAAAGUAAAGUAUAACCCAGGAAGCAGGAUGAUAAUUGCAGUAUCUGUGGUAAAUGGAUACUCUGUAUUCAAGCUUACACUUUUCACUAUAGCGUUUCCUUUCCAGUUUAACUGCACAGUCAAGAUACUAAGGUCUGAUAAUAUAAAACACCUGACCAGAACUUGUCAAUCACAGUAGUGUUGAGAUGUCUAGUCGAAUUUAAGCAUGUUUAAUUGGAGCAGUGGACCUGCACCACCACAGAAUUGACUACUAAUUAAUUUAUUUGAUCAGUAAACUCGGUGUUGUUAUACUGCAGCAUAGCCUUACCCUUAAAACAACGAAGCGCACCCUGGCUAAAACCUCUUGAUUUAACUUCACAUCCAAUCAGGCCGCUGACAACUUUAAGUUCAACUUGGUUUUAGCUUAUUUUCCCUGACUUGGUAUGGGCUAUUACAGACUUGUCCUUAAGGUUUGGUGACUGGAAGCUCAGUCUUGCACGAGGAAUCUCAAAAGUAUUGUAGAAAAAAACCCCAAACACUCGAUGAGUCUCUCUGUGAAGAGAUUACAAUGUGUCAGUGAUUGAACAGAGAUUUGUGAGUUCUAGUUAGAAUACAGUUAGGUGGUGCCCAUGAUGGGAAUCUAGAUUUCUGCUACUAUUCUAAGUGCACUUCCAUGCAAUAUUUAAGGAGCGGCUAGAAGUUUCUGAGCAAUUACUUUGUCACGUUUUUGACUUUUGAAGACAAGUUACAAAUAAAGUACAUUUAAUUUAUAAAAACCUA